CUUCCCCUUCGUCGAACUCUUACUUCCUCUCAUUGUUGGUAAUAUUAUCGUCCUUUUUUCUCUUCACGCCACUCGUUACCUGUCAGGCUUCAUUGUGACUUUUCGUCCAUACGCCAGACUUAUUACAAUUAAUUCCAGGAAUAUCUAUAUCUAUACUAUUCCCUGUUGUAUAUCUCGAUCUUUCGCCGAGAAACCACCAAGGACUUUUUCUUACGCAAACACCAUCCAUACAAUCACAGGAUUCUAUCCAAUUACACACUAGGUCAUAAUGCAUUCCGUUAAGGUUCUUUCCGCCAUUGCGGCACUCGGUAUCUCUGCCGUCUCCGCCGCCACCUGCACAAGUGACAUCAAGGUUACUGAGCCCACCCCUAGCAUCGACUGCACAGUUGUCAAGGGAGAUAUCGUCAUUGACAAGAAGGUCGCCGGUGCCGUUGUGAUCAAUGGCCCCGAGAAGAUUGAGGGUAACUUCGUUGCCAAGAACGGUGGCGACAUCGUCUCUAUCGCCAGUACCUCAAUUGAGUCCAUCGAUGGCAACUUCCAGCUCGAAAACCUCGAGGCUCUCAGCAACCUCGAGUUCUCCUCUCUCAAGAGCCUGUCUGGCCUCAGCUUCAUCAAGCUUCCUCGUCUCGGAGAGCUGAACUUCGGUACCGAAGGUGUCACUAAGAUCAAGAGCAUUCGAAUUACCGAUACCUUCAUCAGCGAUCUGAGCGGUCUUAGCGUCGCCACCGUCGAGAGCUUCCAGAUCGACAACAACCGAAAGAUGAACGCUUUCCGAUCUGACCUUGUCAACAUCACCUCCGAGCUGAAGAUCUUCGACAACGGCAACGAUGCUAUGGAAAUCAUCAUGGACAAGCUUGAGUUGGCUGCUGAGAUCCAGAUCUCCAGUGCCAAGAACUUCUCCGUCCCCCUCCUCAAGGAGGUCACCAAGAGCUUGAAGCUCAACGCGAACCCCUCGCUCGAGUUCUUCAGCGCCCCCAACCUGACCAUCAUUGAGGAGACACUCUCUCUCAUUGACAUGAAGAAGCUCACCAACGUCUCUUUCCCCCUGCUUGAGGAGAUUGGUGGUGGUUUCACUAUCCAGAACAACACCAAGCUUGAGGCUAUUGAUGAUUUCCCCAAGCUCGAGAAGGUUACCGGUGGUAUGGCCCUCCGUGGUAGCUUCGAGAAGGUUAAACUCCCCAAGCUUGACCAGGUCAGCGGCAGUGUCGUCGUUUCAUCAACCACCGAUAUCGAGGAGUUCUGCAAAUACUUUGACGACCUGAAGAAGGACAAGAAGAUUGACGGCGAGGAGAAGUGCACCUUCAACAACAAGAAUGCCAACAAGGGUGAGGACGGUGGCGAGGAGAGCGAUGGCUCUGGUUCUUCCCAAAGCAACGAGGACGACAGCGCCGCUGGCAGCGUCAGCAUCAACAUGGCUGUCCUUGCCCUCGCCGGUGUCGCUGCUCUCGCUCAGAUCUUCUAAGCAUAGAUGAGGCAAGAUUACUAGCUUUUCUCUUUAAAGGCGUCAUUCUCUGUCGUCAUCAUGUUUCCUGACUUUUCUUUUACGACAUCUUGUGCUUGAUCAUUCUUCAUGGGGCACAAAUUGCUUUUCAUGGGGGCGGUAACUGCGUGUAAAGGAUAACCCGUUAGAGCUUAAUAAUCGAUUGUAUUUGGACUUUUAACUGUCUCUGAA